UCGAUCGAUCAUCACACCACAGCAGCAGCAUGGCUACCACCAGCUGCGCCGUCCUCAUCGCCCUCAUAGCCCUGGCCGGCCUCGCCGACCUGCAGGCCGCCACAGCCGCCGCGAGGCCCGUUCACGCCGGGGAGCACUCUGUGGCGGCGAUGACGACGGAGCACCCAAUGGCGGACGUGGCGGAUCCGGACCUGAACGGGAUGAUGCAGUGCAUGUUCGGGUGCUUCACGUCGGUGAUGAGCUGCGCAUUCGGGUGCAUGGGCAAGGGCCCCGACCUGCCGCUCUGCGUCAUCAGCUGCAACCAGAAGAGCAUCGUCUGCAUGAUCCGCUGCGGCAUCACGCCGUCGCCGCCGGGCCCCAAUCCGCCAACGCCACCCUCGCCCAAGCCGCCGGGCCCCAAGCCGCCCGCGCCCAAGCCGACACCCCCCAAGCCUACACCUGCACCCGGCCCACCACCAUUCGCCGGCCAAAACACCGAGACCUCCCCCUAGACGCCGACAUUUGCCAUGCAUGGCACCAGUAAUAAGGUAUACGAAGUAUAUAAAUUAAAACGAAGCCACGUAUAUCAUGGAGGUACCCAGAUAUAUAUAAAUAGUGCUCGAUCCAUAACUUAUAGCUAAAUUUCACCAAUUAUGUAUCUAGAUGUAUGUUACAAUAGAAACAAUGUCAUAUGAUGACCCACGGUGAUUGUAUUUAUAUUCUAUUCAUGCAAAUAUGUAAUGAUAGCUCAUUUAUAUGUA